AUGUCAGUCUCAGUCCAAUGCAAGUUGCAGAAUACAGUCACAUUGCUAAGAAUAUCAGAUGAAUCAAUCGUAGUCAACAACAGUAGCAUCGAAUACAGUACCAUUCUAUCAGUCCAUUCCAAAAGCACCCUACUAAAAAUCAAGCAAAAUAGUUCAGAAAUCAUCCUUGAAUUCACCAGCACCAAUACGGCUGAUUUAGUCAAAUUAAUCAUCAACUCCAAAAUAAGCCAAAUAAUCAGAGUGACCCAGAAUGAGUAUCCUAUCAUCACUGGCACAUACAUCAAUAGAGAACUGAUACCAGAGAAUAGCAGGUGUAAAAUAGCCUACAGAAAUACUGAAUCAGAUAAGGAUGCAUUUAUUACUAGAAUAGUAUCAAACCAGUUUGUAUUCAGCACCCUGGUUGCCCUGGAUAAGACGUGCAACCAGGUCUACAACAUCUUCAAUACGUCAAACUGGAUCAAUAGCAAGAACACCAGUAAUGAAUUUGAUAGAAUAAUUGAUACUGAAAUCAAGGCACAAUUCCAGUUGAAUAACACCAGUAGAAUAAACAGAAUUGGAUUCACAGAAGUAGGGGGAGUUAGAUCAGAAGCCACUCUUAAGACAGGAAGUAGAAGAGUGGCCUACAAGUUGGAUGGAGAUGCCUUCUACAGUUCAAAUCAGCCCUCACUUGAGCAAACCAGUCAUUUCAGCCCAUUCACCAUUUCCAUUCCAGUUGAACCAGAAACAGUGAUUUGCUGUGGUAGAUCACCACAAUUUGAUAAGACUGACUUCCAGGCAGCAGCUGAGUUCACCAAAUUGGUUCAUAAUUCAGAUCAUACUGAUAUUCUACAGGCUGCUAAUCAAUUUGAAACAGAUUUGAUCAAAAUGAUCACUGGUAAAUAUGGAUCAGAUGCCAUGGAAUACGUUAGUGGAAUAGUUAGGAAUAAAAAUGAGUAG